AUGGCUGAUUUCUUGCGCCCCCUUCCCUUCGGCAGAAUCUCUCGAUCGACUACCGGCCUCUUAUUUUACACCUUCUCCCUCCUCUACCUUCUCUCCCUCGCCUACUAUCAUUUCGCUAGCUAUCGAGAUCCCACAUCCUAUUUUUUCAAUCCCCUUCGGGCCUACGAGCGGCGGUAUUCGUCAACGAGAAUUACAGAGGCGGAGGAAUUUUUACGUGAUGCCGUUACCAUCGAUCAACCAACAAGGCCGGAAAACCGGGUCCCUACGAUCUGUGUUGGAAUAGCAACUGUCCGUCGGAGGGGAGAGCAAUACGUGGGCUUGACAGUGGCAUCCCUCCUGGCUGGCCUGACCGAGACGGAGAGGGAGGGCGUCUUCCUAGACCUUCUCAUCGGCAACACAGACCCAUCGCAACAUCCAAUCUAUUCGGAAAAGUGGGUUGAGACACUGCCAGACCGCGUACUGACGUACCGACAAGACGAUCCCGACUUCGAGCGUAUAAAGAAAUGGGAGGAUGAUGGCUGGUAUCGAAACAAGACGAUUUACGACUAUACGCAUCUGAUGCAGGACUGUUACGAUACUGGCGCGCAGUACGUGGCGAUGAUCGAGGACGAUACGUUAGCGGUGAAGGGCUGGCUCCCUUCCGCCUUACAAGCCCUCGAUAUCGUCAAGCAACGGACCGCGAAUGAGAGAUGGAUCUACCUGCGACUCUUCUACGUCGAUGACCUCCUUGGCUGGAAUUCGGAGGAGUGGCCGAGAUAUUUGGCUUGGUCGUUCGCGAUUUGGGCAUUGCUCACAGGGAUGAUGGUGGCUGCAAAACGAGUAUUCAAGCACGAGCUGAAGAAGUUUCCAGCGAGCGCGAUUUGGACCACGUCCGGCGUUUUCAUCCCCGCCGCUAUCGCGCUCCACUUUAUGGCGGGAAAACAGACAAUGUGGCCCAUCUCUCCCGGCGUCCAUGAGAUGAACAGAUAUGGAUGCUGCUCGCAGGGCCUCGUGUUUCCUCGUUCUAUCAUACCCGACUUUCUUGAGCGGACAGACCUCACGACCGAUUGGCUGGUGGAUAUGAUGGUGGAGAAGAUCGCAGACCGCGAGGGAUGGACACGCUGGGCGGUGGUCCCUUCCUUACUGCAGCAUAUUGGGGCUACCAGUUCCAAAGGCUAUGGGUUUGACAAUUCGGCGAAGACUCUAUGGAAUUUUAGAUUUGAAGAAUACCCCUAUAUUGGUAUAUGA